AUGAUCAUGAUAAGUUCCCCCAGCUGUGACGUGACAGUAGGACUGAACGGGCUGAGAAGCAAAAGCCUCGACGAAAUCGCAGAAAUCGUUAAGAGGGCCAAGGAAACCAAGGAAGCCCAGCUACGAGAUUUAGACAACUUCAAAGAGAAACAAAACCUAAAUGUGUUGAAAGCCUUUGCAGAGAACCAGGCACAUUGUCUCAACAUAUGCAAGGAAAAUUUAUACAAUCGACUUGAGCAGGACUUGUACCUGUACCAGAAUGUGAGCGCGAAAAAUAAUUCCAAUUUUAACGAGAGGAAAAAAAAAAAAUUAGAGAAGUUUUAUCAAGACAUGGAGCAACGGUUGUGUUUCCGUGCAUGUUCUAUAAGGUGCCGCCACUUUCUGCAGGACAGGGACUGA